AUGAAGAUCUUUUUCAACAUCUGCUUCCAUGCACAGAUCCGGGAGACCCAAUUCUAUGCGGUUAAGACGCAUUUCGACACCGAUGUUAACCAUCAUCACUAUUACACCGACUGGACAACUGCUACCUUCGAUAGGGUCCCUACGGACUACGCUGCCUACCUCACGGAAUAUGAAGGAGCCGAUACGGACGAGGAAGCCGACUUUGACCCUAGUGACCCGUUUGACGACGAAGACGAAGACCAGUUGCAGGACGUAACGCAGUUCCUUACAGACCAGGCUUUCUUGCACCAAGUCACCGGAGAAGACAUCUACGCCGAUAAUGCCCCAAAGACCCCAUCCAACCAGUUCCUUAUUGAGGACCGGUAUGCAGGACGCUUCAAGGCAUCCUUCCAGAUACCGGUGCAGCCAACGUCUCGACUGUCGAUCGACUUCCAGGUCCUCAACGCUCCGACCCCUUUCUUGCUUUGCCUUGCAGACAUGGAUAGGCUGCACGUCUAUUUCAAUAAUACCACAGACGAACUUAUCCAAGGCGAGACCCGCAUCCCUAUUAUACGCAAAUGGGGACAUCCUUGGUUUCAUCUUAAUCGCCUAUUCAAGCUGCUAACCCGGGCCGGCCACGAAGUCGAACAGCAACGGUUUAAAUUCAGCCUAAAGAUGACCAUGAAUUCAACUAUGAAAUUUUUGUCGAUGUGA